UGUAGAACAGGAGCGGACCCCACUGGGGACAACGAAAGACUGCUCCUUCCUGGCUAAAACUCAAAAUUGCCUAAAGAUAAAUGUCGCCUCUUCAGACACAAGAGCCUCUCUCUGCCAGCUUCCCAGAGACAAAGUUUAAAGGUUAAGUAGACUGGGUUUAAAAGUAAAACUUAUCAUGGUAUCCAGUUGUGUAUAAAUUCCACCGAGUCUGAGCGAAGCACUUCAGUGGCUGAGUGAACGUCCCUUUGAGAUGUCACUGUCACGGCCACAUUCCUAUUGCUGAUGCGGUCUCCUCAGCCUCCUUGGGCUGGGCCGGUGUGUAAACCUCUGGAGCAGAAGUGGAUGUGCAUUUCACUCUGCCCACGGGCAGGGGCCUGUGAAAUGCCUAAGGACCCCCUGAAGGCCAUUCUGUUAGAGUUGGAAUGUCACUUUACAUGGAAUUUACUUAAGGAAGACAUUCUGUUUGAUGUGGAAAAUACAAUCGGGCAGCAGCUUGAGUUUCUCACCACAGAAUCCAGACUCACUCUUUACAACCUAUUGGCCUAUGUGAAACACCUAAAAGGGCAAAAUGAAGAUGCCCUGGCGUGCUUGGAACAAGCAGAAGACAUAACCUGGAGAGAACACCCGGACAAAGAAGAAAUACGGCGUCUGGUCACUUGGGGAAACUAUGCCUGGGUGUACUAUCACAUGGACCAGCUUAAGGAGGCACAGAGGCAUUUAGACAAGAUAGGGGCCGUCUGCAAGAAACGGUCCAGUCCUUCUGACUACAAGUUGGAGAGUCCUGAGAUUGAAUGUGAAAAAGGGUGGGCAUUCUUGAAAUUUGGAGGAAAGUAUUACCAGAAGGCUAAAGCGGCUUUUGAGAAGGCUCUGGAAGCGGAACCUGACAAUCCAGAAUUCAGCAUUGGCUACGCCAUCACGGUGUAUCGGCUGGAUGACCGUAACAGAGGAGGGCCUGCAAGGAGCUUGUCUCUGGGCCCGCUGAGGAAGGCUGUCACCCUGAACCCAGAUAACGCCUACAUGAAGGUUUUACUGGCGCUGAAGCUUCAAGAUGUACAUGCAGAAGCUGAAGGGGAAAGGCACAUUGAAGAAAUCCUGGACCAGAUAGCUUCCCAACCUUACGUCCUUCGUUAUGCAGCCAAAUUCUACAGGAGAAAAAAAUCCUGGGACGAAGCUCUUGGACUUUUGAAAAAGGGCUUGAAGGCGACGCCCACGUCCUCGUUCCUGCAUCACCAGAUGGGACUCUGCUAUAGGGCACAAAUGAUCCAGAUCAAGAAGGACACGUGCAACAGGCCUAAAGGGGAGGAUAAACUGAGAGUCGACAGGCUUAUUGCGAUGGCUCUCUCUCAUUUCAAAGCAGCUGUGGAACGAGACUCCACGUUUGCGUUUGCCUACACGGACCUGGCCAACGUGUACGCUGAGGGAGGCCAGUAUAGCAAGGCUGAAGACGUUUUCCAGAAAGCCCUUCACCUGGAGAACAUAACUGAUGAUCACAGACAUCAGAUCCACUAUUACUAUGGCCGCUUUCAGGAAUUUCACUGUAAAUCAGAAAGUACUGCCAUCCGCCAUUAUGUAGAGGCCUUGAAGCUUAGAGACCGGUCACUCCUCCGGACCAAACUAACAAGUGCUCUGAAGAAAUUGGCUGUCAAGAGACUUAGUCACGAUGCUUCAGAUGUGCAGAGUUUAUGUGCCCUGGGGUUUGUUUACAAGCUGGAGGGAGAAAAGAGGCAAGCUGCUGAGUUCUAUGCUCGGGCCCAGGGGAUAGACCCAGAAAAUGCAGAGUCCCUUGCUGCUCUCUGUGAGCUCAGACUUUGUAUUUAAAUACACACUCUAGGAAAUUACUUUGAAGAUUUUCUCCUCAUUGUGGGUUCAAGUAUUCUUGUUCAUUGUUUUAAUCUAUUGUAAAUUGUGGAGCCGAUUUUUAUUGAAUGUCUACUGUGUAGCAGGCAUCAUGCUAAAUAUGAAUCUUUCACUGUUUUUUUUUUUCUAAUGAAAAUAGUGUAAUCCAUUUGGCAACAAAAACAUUCCAGAUGUUGUUACCUUUCAAAAAUGGGAGGGCUAUUAUGACUUUACACCUCGAUCUCUGCUAUUUAUAAUAAUUUUCUGAUAAAUUUUUUGUCAAAUUUCACAUAUUGCUCACUUAUGCAACAAGCAUAAUCUUGCCGUAAGCCUUUGACCCCUAGGUCAAGAACGGACUUUCGGCAAAAUGGAAAAUUCUAUUAGUUAAGCUCUUAACUGUGUAGCUUGCCAAAGAUGGAUCCUAUCCAGUUCUGACUCUGAGGAAGGUAUUGAACCAUGAGCCCGCUAGUCACUUAAAGAAAGUUGUUGAAAGAAAAAGUUCUGAACAGUAAAAAGUCUGCUGUCUGUGAUGACCUCAAUGAAAGGAGAAAAAAACUAGAACAGGGGAAAAAAGAUUUCUUUAAAU